AUGUCACCGUCAACAGAACAAUCUAGCUGUUGCUGUUGCUUUUACUGCUCAUCUUUGAAACAGAAAAUUGCUAGAAAUCCACCUACUUUUAGGCAUAAUGUGUCAACAAUUGGCAACAGUAGGCAAGAUGAAUGUGUCAAAAAGACAGUGAACCACAAAAAAAUUUCGUCUACAUCAGUUAAGCAAGCGUCAACUGUUUCUUCAGAAGUCGUUCAUGAUGAGCAAAAAGAUGACAGUGGUGGCGAUGGAUUUCAUGAUCAGUUGACGAUGGAUCGCGAGAAUGCUAAAAAAUUUGUGCAAGAAGUGAGGUUGGAACCUGUACUGCUGUAUUCCUCGUUGACUACUGAUUGUACUGAAAAAGUAGCUUUCACGACAGAAAACCGAGAAGAGAUUGAUAUAACACCAAAACUUGAUGCAGAAGGCAGUUCGGAAGGGACAGAGGUCGAGGGAGAAGGAAAUACCAAUGGCCAUGGCCAGCUAAUGAAAAUUCAGGAUGUUUUCAGUUACUGCUUUACCAACUUUUCAGGAAAAUUGGUAAAUUUUUUAAAUAUUGCUUAUGCUUGGUGCACUUCAACACUACUGGAUAUCCUUGAAUAUUUCAACUGUGAGGCUUCAGGGUAUCAGGCUAAAUUACUCAAUAGCACCGAAAAUUUGAAUAUUGAUUUGAUACCAAUUGCAUCAUCUUCAUCAUUUUCUAUUCAUAGUUUUCUGGAAAAUUUGUAUUAG